AUGGAGGAAUCUAGUUCUGCUGGUUCUGCUCACCGCUGCACACAAUCAGACCUGCUGGAAGAGACUGAAGAUCAUCAGCAAGAUUCGUAUCGAUCAGUGGUUGAUGCUCUGCAGAGAGUGAAAGUCAAACACAAAACCAACAUGAAAAACAAGUAUGAGAGUUUAUUUGAGGGAAUCAAAGUACAAGAGAAUCAAACCCUCCUGAAGAGCAUUUACACACAGCUGUACAUCAUAGAGGGAGAGAGUGAAGGAGUGAAUGAAGAACAUGAGGUUUUACACAUGGAAAAAAAGCCCCAAAUACAACACUUACAAGAAACUCCAAUCUACUGCAAUGACAUCUUUAAAACAUUACCUGAAGAACAAUAUCAAAGAGAGAAAAUCAAGAGUGUUCUUACUAAAGGCAUCGCUGGAAUUGGGAAAACAGUCUCUGUGCAGAAGUUCAUUCUGGAUUGGGCCGAGGGAACGGCCAAUCAGGACAUAGAUUUCAUGUUUGUGCUUCCAUUUCGAGAGCUCAACUUGAUCGGACCUGAUCGCUACAGUCUUCACAAACUUCUGCUGGACUUUCAUCCUGAACUUCAAGAUCUGAACUCAAAGAUUUAUGAUGCGUGUAAAGUUGUGUUCAUCUUUGAUGGUCUGGAUGAAAGCAGAAUGACGCUGACAUUUUCAGAUGACGGUGAGAAAGUUUGUGAUGUGACUGAGACUUCAUCAGUGUCUGUGUUGAUGUCAAACCUCAUGAAAGGUAAUCUGCUUCCCUCUGCUUUCAUCUGGAUCACCUCCAGACCAGCAGCAGCCAAUCGGAUCCCCUCCAAAUACAUCCAGCGUGUGACAGAAAUCCAGGGAUUCAAUGAUGCUCAGAAGGAAGAAUAUUUCAGGAAGAGAAUCAGUGAUGAGCAUCAAGCCAGCAGAAUCAUCUCACACAUUAGAAGAGCGAGAAGCCUCCACAUCAUGUGUCACAUACCAAUUUUCUGUUGGAUCUCAUCCACUGUGCUUGAAAACAUCCUUAAACAAGACAAUGAGAGAGCAGAAAUCCCUCAAACUCUGAGUGAAAUGUACAUCCACUUCCUGCUGAUUCAGAUGAAGAUGAAGAAUCAGAAGUAUGACCCAGAGAGAGAUCCAGAGCAACUCCUGCAGUUCAACAGAGAGGUGAUUGUGAAACUGGCUGAAGUAGCUUUCAAACAGCUGAUGAAGGGCAAUGUGAUGUUCUAUGAGGAGGACCUGAGAGAUUGUGGGAUAGAAGUCACUGACAUUGCCUCGCUGUAUUCUGGCAUCUGCACUCAGAUCUUUAAAGAGGAAUCUGUUAUUCAUCAGAGUAAAAUAUACUGCUUCAUACAUCUCAGCUUUCAGGAGUUCCUCGCUGCUCUCUAUGUGUUUUACUAUUACAACAGCCUAGGCACUUCACAGUUUUUUGAUGUAAAUUAUACUGUACUGAAAGGUGCAGUGGAUAAAUCUCUUCAGAGUGAAACUGGUCAUCUGGAUCUUUUCCUGCGAUUUUUGCUGGGCAUCUCACUGGAUUCAAAUCAGGAACUCUUAAAGGAUCUACUGACACACACAGUGGACACCUCAGAGAGCAUCAGAGGAACUAUUACAUAUUUAAAAGACAAGAUCAAAGAUGGUCGGGAUUUCUCCACUGAACGAUCCAUUAAUCUGUUUCUGUGUCUGCUUGAAGUGAAUGACCAGACUCUGUACAGAGAGAUUGAGGAGUUUGUGAGAUCAGACAAAUGCUCAGAGAAGAAUCUCUCUGUUGCUCACUGUUCAGCAAUAGCCUACAUGCUUCAGAUGUCAGAGGAAGUGAUGGAUGAGUUUGAUCUAAAGAAAUACAACACAACAGAGGAGGGCAGAAGAAGACUCAUACCAGCUGUAAACAACUGCACUAGAGCUCUUCUUGCUGACAGUAAACUUACUCGUCAGUGUUGUGAAACCAUCGCUUCAGCUCUCCAAUCAUCCAACUCUCCACUGAGAGAACUGAAUUUGAGUAACAAUGACCUGGAGGAUUCAGGAGUGAAGCUGAUCUCUGAUGCUCUCAAGAGUCACGACUGUCAGCUGCACAUACUGAGGCUGUCAGGUUGUAUGGUGAGUGAUGAAGGAUGUGGUUAUUUGGCUACAGCUCUGAGUUCAAACCCGUCACACCUGAGAGAGCUGGAUCUGAGCUACAAUAAUCCACAACACUCAGGAGUUCAGCUGAUCUCUUAUCUAAAUGAUCCAAACUACACACUGGAGACAGUCAAUUUGGAUCAUGGAGGAGAGAGCAGGAUUACACCAGGACUACGAAAAUACACCUGUGAUUUCACACUGGAUCCAAACACAGCAUACCCUCAACUUGUUCUAUCUGAGGGGAACAGAAAGGUCACACGUGUGAAAGAGUCCCAGCCGUAUCCUGAUCAUCCAGAUCGAUUUGAUUACUAUUGUAAUGUUUUGUGUAGAGAGAGUCUGAUUGGACGCUGUUACUGGGAAGUUGAAUGGAACGGACAAGGAGCUCGUACUUCAGUGGUUUAUAAAGGAAUCAGGAGGAAAGGCAUGAGCAAGGACUGCUGGUUUGACUACAGUGAAAAUUCCUGGAGUCUGACCAUCACUCCUAAAAGAUUCACUGCCUGUCACAAUAGUAAUAAAACAGACAUUCCUGCUCCAUCACCUCUCUCUAAUAGAGUAGGAGUGUAUGUGGACUGUCCAGCCGGCACUUUAUCCUUCUACAGUGUCUCUGACACGCACACACUCACACACUUACACACAUUCAACACAACAUUCACUGAACCACUGUAUGCUGGACUUAUGAUUUAUCCAGACUCAUAUGUGAUGUUGCUGUGAUCCCCUUAAACAUAACUGUUUUUAUGGUUGCCAACUUUGCCACUAUAAAUAUGGGAUAAAAGUUUUUGUAGCAAC